AUGCUCCUUGCUCCGGCAGAGGCGGACGUGCAGCGAAGCGGUCGUUUUGGUGGCGCACACCUCAUCGAUGCAGUGGUAGAAGAUGGCCGUAUCAUCCAUUAUCAGACUGUGCGAUCCUCAGAGCCGUCCUGUGUGCAAAGCACAGCAACUGGCGGAGCGAAUGAGAUCCGAGUCACCAUGUUCCUUUCCUUCUUUUGGGCAACUCGAUGCCAACAGGAUGUGUUGUCAACGUUCCGGACUGCAACAGCAGUAGAUCUCAUCGAGGCAAAUCAGCCUUGGGCCAAUGCCGAGGUGGCGAUGGUUACCCAAGUCGUGGCAUGGUAUGUGGUGUGCAAUGGCAUCAAAUUCACUGGCUGCCCCCGGGCCAACCUAAUUGAUAUGGAGGAGGCCGCUGUCAAGUCAAUGUUUGUUGCAGAGAUGGAGAGCGUAUUGAGUCGAAUGACUUCAUUUUGUGCACCAGGCGGCCGAGCAGGACGUCGCGGCUGCGCGAUUGCCACAAACUCUUGGAGUGAUCCCGGUCCCACACUGAUGGCCAUGUUUCAAGGCUACAACAACGAAAUUACCAAGGCAAUGCUCUCGAAACAGUCUGCUACCUUCCGCUCCGUGGACAUCUUUGCUUUGGGAGCAUCCAUGCCUGGAGAGACAUACCUCGGGCAUGGGAGCCAGAUCCUCCACAUUUGGACGUGGCAGGCUCUGCUAGGUGGUUUCUGCACGUCUGCAUCUGCUACUCCUGGCAGCCAGAUCGAGUUCGAAGGAGCAUUGUGUUGGCGUGAGGAUGCAAGCUUGGACUUGUGUACGUCCUACACCCGAACGGUGCUAUGGCAGUGCAUGAACAGUCAACUUUGCGUUCACCGGCUGAAGCCAUCGUCAACGACGAUGGCUACCACUAUGGCAACAACUCUGGCAACCACCACGGGGACGCAGGACAUGGUGUUUUCCCCUGUUGAUGGUGGCAUUGACCGGGCUUGCCGUGGAGCUACGCCAGGCGACAAUAGCGCCGACCACUACACGGUCGUUUCUGGCGUGACAUCUGUUGCAGCAUGCCAACUCGAGUGCACCCGCACGGAGGCCUGCAUUGGCAUUGAGCACAGCGGUUCACGGUGCGAAGUCUGGACACGUGCAGGUGGCAUUCAGGCCUCCAUCGAACUUGCAGGCUUCACAUGCUUGAGCUACGGCGGGCUCUCUUCGACCACAGCUACAACAACCAGCACGAGGAAUUUGGCACCGCUCUUUGAGCCAGUGGAUGGUGGUGAAGGCCGUGCUUGCCGCGGGGGCUCAAUGUCCGACAAUGCUCCCAGCAACUACCUGGUCAUGUCAGGUGUGCAGGAUAUUGGGGGCUGUCGACGUGAGUGCGUGCAGGCCGCCAGCUGUGUGGGGAUUGAGUAUAGCCCGGGCAGAUGCGAAGUUUGGAUCCGUCCAGAUGGGAUUAACGCGACGGUG